AUGGCAGGUAGGAAAAAACGGAAAUCUACUAACCGCAAAGCUAGAAAGUCGAAGGAAGACCAACAGAAUAGAUCGAAUAAGGGUAACGAGACCGAUGAUAUUUCGGUUAUAACGACGGCUUACCGUUUGAGGAGUACCUCAAUUGACAACGGGAAAGCUACCAAUACUGAGAAAGAACCGAUUGAAGAGAACGAAGAAGAACUCUCAGCUCCAUCAACUUCUUCUGAGAGGAAGAGAAGAUAUACUAUCAGCUCUAAUUCUACUGACAAGCUUGAAGUUCAAGAAGCAAAAAGGCGACAGCCUACUAGUGAAAAUAACACCAUGAAUCCCAGAUUUGACUCUAUCGAAGAAGAAAAUGACUCUGAGGCUCAAUACUGUAAAUCUAACACAAUUUUUUUUGAAGACUUCUCCGAUGAAAACGAUGAAGAUAAUAGUUAUCUCGAGAAUGCAGAGUUUGUAAGGAUAGAAACAGCAUUGAAUGAUGAAAAGAAAAUGAAUGCUCCAGCACCUCUUCACCUGACUGAAACAUCUUGUAGGGGAAUGGGUACACCUGAGAAGGUAUGGAAUUUGUUGGUAAGGAAGGAUGUGGUUGUUCGACCAGAAAAACUUGUGUUAAAAAACCAAAUAUCCCCUUCCAUGCGAGCUGUACUAGUGGAUUGGAUGAUGGAAUUAUGCGAGAGUGAAAAACAACACCGGGAAACCUUCCAUCUCUCUAUAGACUAUCUCGAUAGGUUUUUAGCAGCUCAUCCAGAUCUGAGUCUCAACGAGCUGCAAUGCAUUGGAACAACAGCAAUUUUCAUAGCAUCGAAAUAUGAAGAAAUAUAUCCGCCUAAGCUAGAAAACUUUGUCGAAUACACUGCUGGCGCCUGUGAUGAAGCACAAGUGCGACAGUCUGAAAUUUUAAUGCUGUGCACCCUGAAUUGGAGCCUUUCGCCUUUAACUUCAAUCCACUGGUUGAACAUUUAUAUGCAACUCUUGGGUAAUAAGCAAUUCGAGCGUGAUGCUGAUAAGCACGUAUCAGAAAAACCGUUCACUGUUCCCGCGUAUCUUAGAGAAGAAUAUAUGCACAUGUCAAAAGUGCUGGAUAUAGCCUGUCUCGACGUUGACGUUCAUACAUUUUCCUAUAGAGAAGUUGCGGCUGCUGUUCUUUUUGCUUGUUAUGAGCCGCACAAUCUUGUUAGUAGCGUGACAGGAUUCACGUAUGAGGGUUUGCUGCAUGUUGUCGACUGGAUCGAGCCAUGUGUGCGUUUCUGUGAAAAACGUAGAGUUGCUGGAGAUCCUUUACCAGUAAGAGAAGACAUUCGUUCUGAAGAAUGGCAUAACAUCCAAACACAUUAUUACGACGUGACGGGUGAACAAACCUUCAUUGAGAUUAGGGAACAGCGUGCUCAACAGAAAAAACGAGUUGAAGGAGAGAAAUGCCGGUUAUUAAGCCAUAGAUCGGCUCCCUUGAGGCCACGGUGUCGAAAUGAGCCAAUUUCAUAG